CAUCGCUCUUAAAGCUGCAAGCAAUCCCCACGGCAUUUGAAAUCCCCCAGAGCCAGCAGUGACUGAUCACUACCCUAUUUCAACAUGGCCGAGCUCGAGUACAUCACCCUCGCGACUAAACCCAGCGCAAAGAUUAGCUACACUUUCUAUCAGCCUGCCAAGACACUCAACCCCGCCCUGAUCGUUUUUUUGAACGGUUUGGGACUUCCACAGGCUGCUUGGGGGCCAACGAUCAAUUUGCUUCAGGAAAGACACCAGGGAACUGGAUUGCCAGCCAUCCUCACAUACGACCGGUUCGGCCAGGGACAGACUACUGAUACCGAUCCUGCCGACGAGGGAGCUACGGACCCCACUCACGGCCAUGAUUGCCUCGAGGUCGUGAGAGAUCUUCGACAGCUUCUCUCACAAAUUGCGGAAGACCAGCUGGAAAUCUCGGAUCUCAAUAGCUUACCGUUGGUGCUGGUGGCAAACUCAAUCGGUUGUGCUCUCGCUCGCCUUUACGCGCAAGAGUACCCCGGCACGGUUGCUGGUCUCUUGCUUCUCGACAGUAUUCUAGCCAAUUCCGACUUUGUGUCUAUUUUCCCCGAUCCAGAUGCCGAGGGCUUUGAUGGCGAAAGUCUCCCUUCGGGGAUUACCCCCGAGCUCUUGCGUGCCGCUCGUGAGCGUACCAAAAGGAUUUUCCAUCCGGAUGUCGGUAACAAGGAAGGACUGAGUCGAAAGAACUUACGGACGCUUCUGCCUGCAAGUGACGGGCCCGUCCUUCAAGGUCCCAAGGGUCAUCCAUUCGUCACCGUCGUCGGUCAUGAUUUUGAGACUUUCUCAGAGCAGUCAGCCCGGAUGGGUCUACCACGGCCUCUGUCUAUGACAUAUUUGAAUCCGCACUGGCACGAGUAUAACGAGGGGUUGGUAAAGAUCACGGAAUCGGGGAAGAGCAAGGGUCCCCUGCUUGCGCCUGGCUCGGGGCAUUUCGUACAACAGGAUUCCCCGGCAUUUGUAGCACAGGAGCUCGCUGAGAUCCUCACAAAUGCUCUUUGAAACAGAUAUUUCACAUUGGCUUUGGUGUGACGAACAAGGGUGAUAUUGGGUUAGGGAGCUCCUGGUACACCCGGGGGUAUGGAGGCUCUGAGAGGCUGCAUGCUGAAGCCUGCAUUGGAUUCGCACGGGCUCGGCUUGGAACUCUGUCGAAGGUGUGAAUGGAAGUUGGA